GCCAUUGGAGUACACACGUUGAAGCACGAAGGAUGUUUCACAAUACCUUCACGUUCUGUUAGCGCGUCCACUACUUGUUUCAACUCGCACCUUACCACGUCCUCAAUAACGUUGGGCGUUCCGUUGGCCGUGGUGCUGGUGAAACUGGGUAUCCAACAUGUAGCAGUGGAGUGAUAGGUGAAGAGGUAAGCGCGUCCAUUCGUCUGUAGUGAGAAGUUAACCCAAGCUGUAAUGGGAGUUUAUACCAAAGACUUCCUCCAGGGGUGGAGAGCAGGCGAGGGUGAGAUAAUGCCACCCGACCUGUCUGAGGCAGCACGCUCACUGGCUGUGCUCCCUCCCCAGAGCUGUGGGGAAGUACUCAGUGCUAGCCCCCCCUCCAGACCCUCAACUGAGUACAUCAGCAGCAGCAAUGGCAUUGUUGAUGUGGGUUUGCAGAGCCAGGAGUACCAAUCCUCGCCUAGACCUGUAGCUGAGAACUUUACCUGCUACAAUGGCGGACAGUCUCAUCAGCCUCACAGUCAGGUGGUGGGGUCUGAGGCUGGAAAUGGUGGUGGAGGGUGUAAUGAUACGGGAGCAAGAAAACCAAUUUUGUCUUCCUUCAUUAACAUGUACCACCUCACUCCUGCUCUUAGAGCCACCUUUGCCUCUGUGGGAGCCACCGAUAGAAACUACCUGUUCAGAGAGGUUUUGCAGUUGUUGAAGAAAUACCUUUUUAGCAAAGUCCACCUUUUUGAUCCUGAUGACAAACUGUAUGUUAACUGUGCAAGUGACCCCUUAGGUCAAGCGCUGCAGGUCGAUCGCUUCCAUUACAAUGAUGUUAAGUUAUUGAUAAGUAAGCACAUUAUCAGGGCACAACCUGAUAGUGUGAAUGGAGCCUGCUCACAGACUAUUGGUAAUGGUUAUCCUCCAAGAACCCCACCUAGUUGUGCACUUGUAAAUACAAAUAAUGGUUUAGAUACAACUAAUGGCAGAACAGAGUUGUUAGUGCCCACAAGUACUACAACUCCAGGACAUUCAACUACUUCUGGGACUUGUUUUAAUUCGAGGGAGCUCCUGUCUAGCCAGCAAAGUACAGGUAGCUCUAUCCCUGUUCCUGGGCCCUCUAGGGAGAGUGAAGGUGCACCGGACCACAGAAGGCACAGCAGAACUACCAAUCAUUUGCCCUACACUGUCCUCAUCCCUGAAAUUCCAGAUAGUAACUCUGAAGCAGAAUCAGAAUAUAGUAUUCAGGGAUAUGAAACUGCCCUCUGUCGUAACACAGAGUUUGAGGAAAGCGAUGAUGAGGAAUUGGGUAAUGAAGAUUCAUAUGAGGAGUAUGAAAUAGCUUCAGAUGACGCUAAGGAAGAGGAGCAUUCAGAUGAUGAUGAUUCUGUGGUUGAGUAUGUUGAGAUAGCCCUCCUAGCUAUUCAUGCAUUGUGCCAAGAUGACUCAGAGGAGGACUUUUGGGCAGAUGACUCGGACACAGAUGAUCAGUCAUUGGAUGACCCAGAGUUGGUAGUUGAACGAUGGGAUUGCCUUAGUUGUGGAGUCAAGAAUAAGCCUUUUGUACGUUACUGUGACAAAUGUUGGCAGGUAAGGAAGAACUGGUUACCAGACCGACCAAGGAAACGAAGGAGAAAACCUCGACCAAAGAAAAGGCGCACCAGGUUUAGAUCAGAAUCUAUCCAGUCAGAUGAUCAGAGUAGUGAGAAAACUUUAAAAACAUUUGAAAAUUUUAUGGUAUCAAAUUGUAGUACAGGUAGUACGAGUUACAGUCAAGAACUUGAGGAGUUACCGGAAUUACCAAGGACAUCAUCAACUGCCUCAACUGUGUCAUUAAAGAGUGGCUCUCCUUGUAGGAGUGUUUCCUUUGAUAAAGGUAGGUAUAGUUCUCAAGACUCUGGAAUUUCUCUGUCUCAAGAUCUUUUGAUAGAAUUUGAUGAAGAGCAGAAUAUGGAAGACAACAGAGUACAGGCAGAGGAUGUACAAGUUAGUAAAGUCCAGUUGUCUCACACACAUCAGAAACCAUCCAUAAGUAGAGAAUGUAUUUCUACAUCAACUCUGAGUUUGUUAACUGAAGCAAAUUUAGAUGCAGGUGCAUCAAGCAGUCGAAAACGUAAAUCUUCUAUUUCAGAGGAUGUCAAACCCCACAAAAGGGCUAAAGAUUGUGAGGUUAAUGAGUCAUCAGAUGAGGAGGAGAGUGAUGAUGAUAGUCAUAUAGAAGUUCAAGCCAAAGGAUUUGCUCAGUUCUUGCAGUCACCUGCUGGCAAGGAGAGGCUUAGGCUUAAAGACAUUAAUGUCGAAGCUAAAGGCAUGGCGCAGGAUUUAGAGUCAGCUGCUGGGGAAGAGAGGCUUAAAGAUAUUAAUAUAGAAGUUAAAGCAAAAGGCUUUAUUCAGUUCUUACAAACACCUGCUGGUAAUGAGUGGCUUAAUUCUCCUGAUGGAAAGCAAUUUCUGUACUCUCAGAAUUUCCAGGAGGUUCUUGUUGAAGCAUAUGGAACCGAUAUGAGCAUGGGGUCAUCCAGCUUAAAUUCAGUUGAGCCAUCAUCGGGAAUAUCCUCUUUGUGCUCAAUUUGUUGCUUACGCCCUAAGAAUGCUGCAAUUAUCCAUGGUCGGCUAUCCCAUCAAGCAACAUGCUAUCAGUGUGCUCGACGUCUUCUCAAUAGUGGUUCUCGGUGUCCUGUAUGCCGACGAAAAAUUCACAUGGUUUGUAAACACAUCAUAACAUAGCACAAAAACAAUAACAGAUUUUACUUUUUCUUUUCAUACACUUUCUCGAGCCCACAUGAUUACAAAUAUUUUUCUGGUACUUUUUUUUUUUUUUUUUUUUUUAGUCGAUGAAAAAAUUUUAUCAGUUUUAUGAACCAAUGACUUUUCUAUACAACACUUAAGGAAGGAAAAUCUUUUGAUAUAAUUAUUUGUUAUUUAAAAAAUUUGCUUAUAAGGCAAUUCCUCUUGUAUUUCUUUUCUCAUUGGUUGUAUGCCAUAUGACUUUAUUUAUGAUUUCUUAAUCCAACAUCUCCUUUUCAGGCAAAACUAUUUAAGUUCUUCCUUUUAUUCACUACAAAAUGGCUGAUUUGCAGUUUAGAGAUCCAUACCUGAAACAGUUAUUAGUACACAAGCAGGGGUUGAUCAAGUUCUUAACGUUGAGGUUGAAUAGCUUUGGGGUAUAGGCUGUCUCUCUCUCAUUUGGAGCUGUUUAGUAGUGUGUUUCAGAAUAAUCUAGAACACGUGUAUAAAUGUGAUAAGCUUGACUUUAAAACAUAUUUCAUGAUUUUAAGUCCGGAGGAGAUUGUGAUGUCUUUAUUCAGCCAUUUCUCUUUACUUUCCCACCCACCUUCAUCACCCCCCACCAGCAAUUAACUUAAAUGCAACAUGUGCCAUUAUUCAAAAUUGUGUCAGGAUACAUUGUUAAAAAAAGUAUUUGUAUAACGAAUGCUUUGACAAAGUAUUUGUAUUCACAGAAUAAUCUGAUGACUACCUAGUAUUUUGAUAAUAGAAAUCAGCUUAUUUUAUUAAUAUCAUUCACUUGACUGCCGAGAUUUCAUCUUUGGAUGAUAUAUUCAGACAAGUGAGAGAGGGAGAGGAUACUACAUCAGUGUCACUUUCACUAAAUAUUUCCACAUGCUGUAAAGUAGUUGUGGCCUAUAAAGUGCAGGUACAAAUGUGAUCUACAACUUAGCAUUGUUCACUUGAGGCAGCUUCAUCUAGCAUUUGUAUACAGUUGUUUGAUUGUUCCAACUUAGUGAAAUUAAAAAUAUGCAGAAUUUUGGUAAAUAGUUCUUUGCUAUAUAAAAUUACCAAAAUAUUCCGUUGCUGUGUUGACUUCAUCGAUUCAUGGAAGAUAUACAGUACUCGUCACUUAAUAAAUAAUGAUGUAAUGUUUUUUAUACUGUACUGUAUAUGCAUUGAUAAAGUAUAAAUAAAUAUAGCAUAUGCAUA